CUACAACAAAUAGACGAAUGUUCAGUGGUCAUUAGUGCGUUGUUUCUUGGCUGUUGUUUUCUGCUGGCGACAAGGUACAGAACAAUAAGUGCAAUGUUUAAGUCCACGUGCAUUUUUCCACUCGCCCUUAUUGGGUUCGUUGGAGGAUUCCCGCAGGGUGGGCCGGCUGAGUCGUGCGAUUCGUUGCUGCCCCGACACAUUCACACGGAGCCUAGGAAACCGCAAGAAUCGCCGUAUACCUUCAUCGCAUCCGCGUCCGCUUAUGAUCAGCAAAAAACGCUUCAUGGCAUUCAAGUUGAAAUCUCCGGAGCAACAUUCAAAGGCUUUAUGGUUGCCGCUAUCGAUCCCACCACCCACAAACGUAUUGGACGAUUCCAAGCGGUGAAAGGCGCACAUCCUGUAGCCUGCUCUGCUAUAACUCAUUCGGAUGGUCAACUGAAGCAACGGGUUUCCCUCAUCUGGGUUCCGCCUCAUGACGUUCCACAUGGUAACGUUAUCUUCAUGGCCACCGUCGUCAAGUCAUAUUCGAACUAUUACAGCAACUUAAUAGCCGCAGUUCCCGCCGCUUAUAAGGCUAGGGCCUAAAGCCUUCGCUAGAAUAUCAUCUAUCUAUAUACAUGUCUCAGUCAUCGUCCAACACUCUACUGUACGAGCAGGCCAAAAAUUUAAGUCUAGGUUUUAUAAACUGAUUAGAAUAGUUAUGCAGAUUGAGAAGUUAACUAACGAACAAGGUAAAGGUGAAAUGCGCCAGAAUACAAGAUAACGAAGAUCACUGCCACUACAAUAAGUAUUGAAAACGAGUAUUUUUUCCUCUAAAAAGCGUGUAUUUAGCUUGUUCUAAUCUUCCUGUCUUGAAGUUCACCACUAAAAAUUUGACAUUCCUAGCUAACCUACCUCCGAUCAGCAUAGCGCUUUUUAACAGUAGCAGAGUCUAAUUAUAAAUAUUCCUCGUUACGAUGAUCGUAGCUAUCCAAAAAUAUUUCAAAAUUUAAAAAAAAAAAUGUAUGUAGUGCCCAAUGCUUACUGAUAAGUCGAUAUACCAAAGUUUACAAGAGGAUCCGAAGCAUUCGAUUUAGU